AUGGCUUACGACGAGGAGAAGCGGCUCGACCGCGUGGCCUCGCAGCCCGCCGAGUCCGGCUCGGAGGACAGCCCCAGCGAGCAGCAGUCCGUGGGCAGUGGCAGCUCCGUGCUGGACAAGCUGCUAUCGCUGGAGGCCACCCUCGACUCCAAGCUGGGCAUCGAGUCGCAGGCCAUUCAGCGCAUGAAGCCCGAGGACAAGAGACCGCAGUCCUGGCACGAGCAGGCCACUAUGGCCCUGCUGUGGGCCGGCGCCACUAUGAACGUGUCGUGCCUGUCCACCGGCUUCCUGGGCUGGGAGUUUGGCCUGGACCUGAGCCAGACCAUCCCCAUCACCAUCUUCGGCACCCUCCUCGGCGCCUCCGUCGCCGGCUGGUGCGCCACCCUCGGGCCCGGCACGGGCUUGCGCCAGAUGUCUAUCGCGAGGUACAGCUUCGGCUGGUACCCGUCCAAGAUCCUGGCGGCACUCAAUGUCAUUUCCCAGAUCGGGUGGAGUGCUGUCGGCUGCAUCACGGCCGGCUCCGCGUUGUCGGCUGUGUCCGACGGCAAGCUGAGCUCUAUCGUUGGCAUCGUCAUCAUCGCUGUCUGCAGCUCCGUCCUCAACUUCUGCGGUCUGCGCGCCAUUCUCGAAUACCAGAAGUACGCCUGGGCGAUCUUCUUUGUGCUAUUCAUGAUCAUGUACGGCGAGAUGGCGCCCCGUUCCGAUGUUGUUACCAAAAGCGCUCUGACUGGCAACGACAAGGCCGGUGCGGUGCUGUCGCUGCUGGCCGUUGUCUACGGCUCGUCCGUUUCUUGGGCCACGAUUGCUUCGGACUACUAUGUCCAGCAUCCUAUCAACACUUCCAAGGUCAAGGUCUUCACGCUCACAACCUUGGGCAUCGGCAUCUCUACCUGUAUCGGCAUGGUUCUCGGUUGCUGCGUGGGCUCCGCCAUGGGCGCCGACCAGGAACUGGCUGAUGUCUAUGAGGAACAGGGCGUUGGCUUCCUGAUUCAGACCAUGCUGUUCCCGCGCGGGUUCGCCAAGUUCAUCCUCGUCGUGCUGGUGCUCGCCGGCAUCGGUAUGAACUGUAUCAACUUGUAUUCUUCGGCCCUGUCGGUCCAGCAGUUUGCGCGCCCGCUGGCCCGCAUCCCCCGCUUUAUCUGGACCGUCGUGCUCUUCGGCGUUACACUGGGCAUCGCCGCCGGCGGCCGGGAGCAUCUCAACGCAUACCUGCAGAACUUCCUCUCCCUGCUUGGCUACUGGGCCACAUCAUUUUUCGUCAUCCUCUGGUGUGAGCAUUACCUGUUCCGUAAGGGUAGCUGCGACAAUUACGACCUUGAUGCCUGGAAUGACCCUUCGAGGCUUCCCUAUGGCCUUGCUGCGUUGGUCGCUUUCCUCAUCGGCGUCGUCGGCUGGGUCCUCGGUAUGGUCGAGACUUGGUUUACUGGCCCGAUAGGCCAGUUGAUUGGGAGCGCUGGCGGUGAUGUCGCGAACGAGCUGACUUUGGUGUUCACUCUGGUCUUCUUCGUUCCUCUGCGGUGGCUGGAGUUGAAGUACGUUGGUCGGGCCUCGUUCGGAUUCGUUAACUUCUCAAUGCUCCUGAUAGCUUUCGAACUGUUCUGCCACUUGGUUCUCACCUUUGCAAUCGUAUUCCCUGACGCUCUUCGUCAGAUAUCCAACUUCCUUGAGACCUGCACUGUAGCGAUUUUCUCCAUCCACACCCUCAACACCGACAAUCUGGUACUGGCGCAACUGACCUUGCGGGGAAGGGACUCGUUCCCAAUUCGCAGAGAAAUCAUGGCGCAAUUGGACGUCACCACGAGUACCAGCGGCGCCAUACCCAGUAGCUCUGAAUCAAUGGGCAGCUUCGAUGGGCUGACGGCUCUCCACCUUGCUGUCCUGGCAAACGACGUCGCAAAAGUCCGCAAGCUCCUGAGUGACAGGGAGUAUGGUGUCGAUCAGCGGACUGCGACCGGCGCCACUGCAUUGAUGCUGGCUGCCCUGUUCGGACGCAAUGAGAUCUUCCUCUACCUCGUCCGUAAGAGAGCCUCGCUCGGCAAGAAGGAUAACCAGGGAAACAUCACCCUAGACUACGUAAAGCAGAUUUCACCUCUCAUCCAAGAUUUGGUCCGGAAGUACAAGAGCAUUGCUGCAAGAAAGCCUGAUGGAGUUGGGCGACGCAAUAUCUACGGCGUGCUGAAAGCACUCGCGCGCGACAGAAACAAGGCCUACGACCAGGGUCGUGCCGACGCUCGUGGUGAAGCCCAAGGUCAAGCUCAAUUGCAAACUCCCGUACAUUUGAAACAAUCCAGAGCGCAGCAGCCUUCGCAGGAUCCCAUCCGCACCGUGUUUCUUCGAUCUGUGGAUGGCAAGCAGCAGGAGUUCGUCGAAGUCAGGCAGAUCGCUACGGCAGAACACAACAGCAAUAUCGGACGCAAAUGCACAGGCUUUAUCCGCGCCAUGGAUGGAAGUGGCACCCACAUCUUUGCCGUCUCUGGUUGGGGUGGCAUGAAGGGCAAGAACGUCCUCGACAACAAGGAAUAUGCAGAGCUUGUACGGCGAGUAGCAGCUCUCCUUGGCUUCGAGCUUCAGGGACAUUGGAUGGAUUGUAGAUUCCCCGGUAGCCCAUCUGAAAAGAAGGGGGCUUUUGUUGCCUGUCACUCUGAGAAGCAGCUGGCAGUUUUCAUCCUAAUUAAGUCACUUGGCCAUGUACUCGGCACAAAAACGCUCACAGUAAAUAACAUCGCCUCCCUCAAAAACCAACUGGACAAAUUGCCGUCUGAACUACGCGAGACAAUGAUUCACCUGGAUCAUAAAGUCGUGUGCACGAGCUGUGUCAAUUUCCUCAAGCUGCUAAGACAGAAGACUGGCCUCGUCUUCCGGUGCGUAUCGCGAAAUUGGUACACACACGGGCAGAGGGUUCAACUUCGUCCUGAAACCGACGGAAGCUACAAGCAAGUUACACAGGCGACAAGACGCUCUAGUCCUGAUGGAGAAGCGGAUAUCGUCGAAGAUGAGGUCGACGGUUGGGACACUGACAGCACUAUUGAGUGCGAUCUACAGGUUCGUGCUGCGAUCCAGGAGGAUGACACAAUCGUGGUUCAAGACGGCAUGGUCGCUCCUCCAUCAACUCCACCAAGCCGCCGCAGUUGCCUUCCACGCCAGCUGGUCCUGAGAGAGCCUUCUGACAAUCCGAAGAGAGGCUCGCCCGUCUAUGAAGAGCCUGACCGUCGUGACUCCCGGUAUGCGAUUUUCGAUGUGACGCCACCUUCCAAACCCCAAGCAAUGCCGACUCCUCAAUCUCAUCACCGAUUUACGGGAAUCUCCGAGAUCGAGGUGUCACCGAAUCCGGAGGGAGUGGUCUCUGCUCUCGGUUCGGCAGACCACAUAGACACUACUUCGCCGUCCUUGUCCCAAGAGUAUGAAGUGGAGACUGUUCUGGAGACGAAAGUUGAGAAUAGUACGCGAUCAUACCUCGUUAAAUGGAGGGGCUAUCCUUACGGCAACAACACAUGGGAAACUGAGGACAACAUGACCAAUGCAUCCGAGGCUAUCAGAAAGUUCUGGGAAGACUUGCACACAUCCCGAGCUCACACCUGA